CAAAGCUCUGUGGAAAUGGGAGAGGCAAAGCAGAGGCACAAGGGGCGGGAAUUAAGUUCUUCUCCACCCUUUUCCGUAAGUCCCUUUUUUCAGUUUGGCUUCCUGUUCUCUAAGGAUUGCGAGACAAGCAAGUUUCACUCUCUUCCCUUUUCCAAGGAGGGCUUCUGCUCGCAGAUGUGAGGAACAGGCUGGCCAAACUAUGGCCCCCCUGGGGCUGUUCCCAGUUGUGAUGAGUCUGAUCAAAGUGAUUCUAGUUCAGAUGAACACUGGGGAAUCCUUGGGAGCAGUCCUCAUGCCUGGCGCAAAACAUGGGGUAGACACACACAAACAGGAAUCCCCUCACUCCAGUGGAAGGGAAGAGAGGGGACUGAAAUGUGAGAGGGGAUAUUUUAAUCACACAAAUGGAACCCACUGCUGCUUGCAGUGCCACAAAGGAACUUACGUUGCGGAAGAGUGUUUAGGGCCAGGGAUGGCACCCAAUUGUUUAGAGUGUCCCCGAGGUACCUACAUGCCAGAAAAUAAUUAUAAUCCACAAUGUUUGGGGUGUGCAAGAUGCCGAACAAGCUUCAAACAGAUAGAAAUAUCCAGCUGCCACCCCGAACGGGACACUAUCUGUGGCUGUGGCAAUAAUCAGUAUCAAACUAGUGAUGGCUCUGAGUUCUUCUGCAGGAACUGCAGUGCUUGUGAGAAUGGGAAAAUCAGACAACAUUGUACCAAAUUUAGUGACACAAUAUGUGAAUGUCAUACUCGUUUUUUUCGCCGAACCGGGGAAAACAACUGCUCCCCAUGCAGCAGCUGCAAUGAUGAAGAGUGCGAGAAACUCUGUGGCACAAUGCUUGGCUCAGUAAAAAGCCCAUUGAAUUCCACCGAAAUCAUAGUUGCCCUCAGCUCAUUACUUGUUCUGUUUGCAUUUGGCUGUCUUGUGAUGCUGUUGGCAAAGAAGACCGACUGGCAAUCCUGUUCGAAGAAAAUGAAAUCCACAUUCUCUUUGGAUCAGGAAAUAACAGGAGAACCUACUACAAAGAACAACAAUAAAACAAAUUGCUCCCUUCUGUGUCGAGAGAAUGAAGAGCAACAAUUGUCACAGGCAAGCCCAGCCGUGCUGCUAUCCGAUUGUGUAAGACCUGCAAGAGAAACACUGAUUCCAGAUUAUCCUAAUGUUUUGUACACUAUCGCAGAUCAUGUACCUAUGUCCCGGUGGAGGGAAUUCAUGCGUUACUUGGGACUGGAUGACAACACGAUGGAAAGAAUCAGUAUUGAACAACGGCAUGUAAGAGAAGCACAAUAUGAGAUGCUAAGACAGUGGAAACAGCAGGCCGGUCAUGGUGCCUCUGUGGAGCAUAUCAGUAACGUUCUCAACCAAAUGAAUCUGUCUGGCUGUAGCGAAGCUAUCCAAGAGGCCCUGACCAAACAGCCUUAGCAUUUCCAUCUUCCAUGAGACUUUUUAAAGGAAUACAAGCAUGAAUGUCUAUCUUUUGAAGACAUUAACACCAUGGCAAUUCCUGUGUGCAAAUGAACCACUACACUCUACACAAAACUUUGAUAUCCCUAUAUAUUCCCAAUGACAUAAUGGUUUUCAGUAGAGUAACUUCAUUCAGCUGUUCACUUUCAGUUGCUGAGAAAUCACUUUACAUUGUAUGUAGAUAUCAUCGCUGUUAUCCCUGUCAAGAUCAACUUCUCCUUCCAGAGAUGAACUUCUCCUUCCAGAGAAGAACUUCCUGACUGUGAGAGCUGUUCAGCAGUGGAACUCUCUGCCCCGGAGUGUGGUGGAGGCUCCUUCUUUGGAGCU